AUGGAUAAAAGUUGGUUGAAUAUUAGGAAUAGAGUUGACCAAAAAUAUAGAGACGGAGUAGAAGGUUUUCUUAAUUGGGCAUUCAGUCAACCCAAGGUGAACACUAUGAUUCGAUGUCCUUGUAAAGGAUGUAUGAACACUGUGUUUAAGCUAAGAAUUGAUAUAAGAGUAGACUUAUUGAAGAAGGGAUUCUGGGAUUCUUAUAAGGUGUGGGACUUGUAUGGAGAAGUGUUGGUUAGAGUUGAAAAUUCUAAUGUCGCACUUAAUGAUGAAGUAGAAGUUGAUAGCGCUGAAGAGGAUGACAUUACUCAAAUGAUCCAUGAUGCUUGUGGAUAUAUGAAUCUGGAUAAUAAUGCUACUUAUUCGGAGGGAAAUGAAGAGCCAAAUAUGCAUGCUACAAAGUUCUACAAAUUGUUAGAAGAUGGUAAGACAGAACUUUAUCCUGGUUGCACAAAAGUCUCAAAGUUGUCUUUUGUUGUUAAAUUACUUCACUUGAAGUCACUUAACCAUUGGAGCAACAAAUCGAUGGAUGAGUUAUUAAGGUUCUUUAAAGAAGUUCUUCCCGAGGGGUCAUUUGUACCUAGUUCUUUCUAUGAAGCAAAGAAAGUUCUUCGUGACCUAGGCUUGGGAUAUACCAAAAUAGAUGCAUGCCAGAAUGAUUGUAUUUUAUAUUGGAGCGAUUAUGUCAAUGCUCAAUCAUGUCCUAAGUGUGGCAAGUCUAGAUGGAAAUCAGUAAAACCCAAAGGCAAGAAAGUAGCUCAUAAAGUGUUGCGAUAUUUUCCAAUCAAACCAAGGCUUCAAAGAUUAUACAUGGCAAAAGAGACAUCAAAGAAGAUGAGGUGGCACAAGGAGGAGAAUAUUGAUGACGGUGUCAUGCGUCAUCCAUCUGACUCAAUAGAAUGGAAAUCUUUCAAUGAGCGUCAUCCUACUUUUUUAGCUGAGUUAAGAAAUGUGUGA